AUGAACAGAAGAAAGGAUGAAGAACAAGUAAAGAAAAACACAGCAAAACUAAGAUACCAAUGUGUUUCAAUUAAGGAGGGUUUAAGGUUCCAGAAUCCGGAUGCAAUGAUUUUCAUUUUCAAACUUACCAUUUUGUUCCUCUUCGCGAGAAUUGAAGCAUCAUCAUCAUCAUCAGCAUCAUCAUCACAAGUAGAAGAAGGCGAUUUCACCUACAAUGGCUUUACAGGAGCUAACGUAAGCUUGGACGGUAUGGCCCAGAUCACAUCCAAUGGCCUUAUCAUGCUUACCAAAGCAAUUAACAGAGAACAGCAGGGUCAUGCCUUCUACACUAACCCAAUUCGUUUCUUCGAUCCAUCUUCAUCAGGUGGCGCCGCCGCUUCUCUCUCCUUUUCCGCCACUUAUGUCUUUGCCAUCGUUUCCCAGUAUUCUGUUUUGAGCGGUCACGGGAUCGCCUUUGUUAUCUCACCCACAAGAGGAUUCCCUGGUGCUCUUCCAAGCGAAUAUCUUGGCCUCUUCAAUAGCACCGACAUUGGCAAUUCAACCAAUCAUGUAUUCGCAGUCGAGCUCGACACCGUAGAGAGCAAGGAGUUCAAUGAUAUCAACGACAACCAUGUCGGUAUUGAUAUCGAUGGAUUGAUAUCUGUUGCUUCCGCUCCGGCUUCCUAUUUCGAUAACGACGGCCGGCUCCAGAACCUAAGCCUCGUCAGUGGCCGCUCCAUGCAAGUCUGGGUGGAUUACGAUGGUGUCCAAAAGCACCUCAAUGUAACAUUAGCUCCAAUCAAUGUUCCUAAACCUGCUAUUCCCCUCUUGUCUCUGUCUCGCGAUCUUUCUCCGGUCAUGAAAGAGUCCAUGUUCGUGGGUUUCUCAUCCUCUACUGGUUCCGUUCCCACAAAUCACUUUGUUUUGGGAUGGAGCUUCAAGGUGAACGGGCAAGCAAAUGAACUCAAUCUCUCCCAACUUCCGAAACUUCCUGUAACAGGACAACCCAACCAGAAACCAGCAAUUCUGACAAUAGGACUUCCUGUACUUGUCAUUGGUUUAAUGUCAGCGACGAUCUAUUUAAUCCUGAUUAUGGUGAAAAGGAAGAGAAAAUUUGCAGAAGUGGUUGAAGAAUGGGAGCUCGAUUAUGGGCCUCAUAGGUUCAAGUAUAAAGAUCUCUACAUUGCGACUAAUGGGUUUAAGCAUCAGGGGCUCCUGGGUAGUGGCGGCUUUGGUAGGGUGUACAGAGGCGUAUUACCCACUUCCAAAAUUGAAGUUGCAGUGAAGAAAAUCUCCCAUGAUUCAAGACAAGGGAUGAAAGAAUUUGUUGCUGAGAUCGUUAGCGUCGGUCGACUACGGCAUCGGAAUCUAGUAACCCUCUUGGGGUAUUGCCGGCGUGAAGGAGAACUCCUUUUGGUAUAUGAAUUCAUGCCCAACGGAAGUCUAGACAAGUUCCUCUUCGAUCCAUUAACGCCGGUGCUGAAUUGGGGUCAGAGAUUUCGAAUUAUUCGAGGUAUAGCAUCUGCAUUGUUUUAUCUACAUGAAGAAUGGGAGCAAGUUGUGGUUCACAGAGAUGUAAAGUCCAGUAAUGUUUUAUUGGAUGGGGAAUUGAAUGGAAGAUUAGGAGAUUUUGGACUUGCAACAUUGUAUAACCGUGAAAGUGAACCUCAAACAACACAUGUGGUUGGGACACUGGGCUAUCUUGCACCAGAACUUUCAAGAACAGGCAAGGCAAACCCGAACACAGAUGUGUUUGCAUUUGGGGCAUUUAUAUUGGAAGUUGCUUGUGGGAGAAGGCCAGUAGAACCAAGAGCAUCAGCAGACCAAGAUCUGGUGUUGGUGGAUUGGGUGUUCUCUUGUUGGAGUAGAGGAACAAUUCUUGAGACAGUGGAUCCAAACUUGAUGAACAAUUAUGUAGAGAAGGAAAUGGAGCUUGUGUUGAAGCUUGGAUUGCUUUGUUCUAAUUGCAUUCCAACAGAAAGGCCAACUAUGAGACAGGUUGUGCAGUAUUUGGAUGGAGAACUUCCCCUACCAGAUCUGUCAUCUCUUAGUCUGAUUGCUAAUGGCAUAUCAUUUACAAAUGUAGGGUUCGAUGCUUUUGUCAUGUCGUAUCCUUCUUCUCUGGAGAAGAUAAGUACUCUAUCACCAACAGUUUCAGAAUCGCUACUCUCUGGGAGAAUCUCUGGGGUAGUCUCUGGGGGAUUCUCUGGAGUACUCUCUGGGGGACGUUGAUUCUCACCCUACUGGGUUUUGUUUUCUAUAAAUACCAUCACCCCUUGGUUGUGAUCUUCUUCCCAUUAUGUUUAUCUUGUAAAGCCAUCAAGAACACUUAUCAAUUAUUAACUAUCUCCUACUAGGGACUCGACUACUUAUAGUUAUCUUCGAUUUGCUAGAUGCAAUGAAACUAAUAGUCU